AUUGUACCGUCCCUACAAUUUUUUAAUGCAUUGCGAAAUGGAGAAAUGCAAUAGAAAGGAAAAAAGUAAACGAGAAUGGGCGAUGGCGCGCUAAAAACCUGAAAACUGCACUGUUUCCCAAUGCACUCUGACUUUCUGGUCAUACAUUUUUAAAGCAUUCCACCAUCUUUCCUUCCAGCGUGCUGAGGGGACGGGUUGCAGAAAUGGCGGAUCCACAGAGAAAAUGGGUGAGCGACGAUGUGUUAACAUACACAUAUCUUCUCCUUUACAUUGCACUCUCUAGUGGCCAGAUCUUCUUCAAUAAGUGGGUUUUGUCUUCAAAAGAAAUAAACUUUCCCUAUCCCCUUGGAUUGACUUUGCUUCACAUGAUCUUCUCCUCAGUUCUAUGUUUUGUGGUUACCAAGGUUCUCAAGAUAAUGAAGGUUGAGGAAGGGAUGACUCUAGAUAUAUACCUUAGUUCGGUCAUACCAAUUGGUGCAAUGUUUGCAAUGACACUUUGGCUUGGAAACACUGCCUACCUCUACAUUUCUGUUUCGUUUGCUCAGAUGUUGAAGGCAAUCAUGCCAGUAGCAGUUUUCAUUCUGGGAGUUGCUGCAGGACUCGAAAUGAUGAGCUGCAGGAUGCUUCUCAUAAUGUCAGUAAUCAGUUUCGGUGUACUUGUGGCUUCUUAUGGGGAAAUAGAUAUCAACUGGGUAGGUGUCGUCUAUCAAAUGGGAGGUGUUGUUGGCGAAGCUUUGAGGCUUAUAUUUAUGGAGAUUCUGGUGAAGCGAAAAGGCCUGAAGCUCAAUCCCAUAUCUGUCAUGUACUAUGUUAGCCCAUGCAGUGCUCUUUGUCUUUUAGUUCCAUGGAUCUUUUUGGAGAAACCUAAGAUGGAUGAACAGAGGUCAUGGAGCUUUCAACCUCUUAUUCUAACCCUAAAUUCUCUAUGUACCUUUGCCCUGAAUCUGUCAGUUUUUCUGGUGAUUCAACAUACAAGUGCCCUGACAAUUCGUGUUGCUGGAGUCGUCAAAGAUUGGGUGGUUGUUCUUCUAUCCGCACUACUUUUUGCUGAUACGAAAUUGACACUGAUUAAUCUUUUUGGUUAUGCUAUUGCUAUUGCAGGUGUAGCUGCAUAUAAUAAUCACAAGCUAAAAAAUGGAACUCCCCAAGCAAGUUCAGACAAGUCUGAACCCACUCAAUCUGUACCUUUAAUACAAUCUUCAGAUUCUAACAAGUAGAAAUAUGUGAACAACAGCCUCACAAUUUACUCUGAGGUCUUGCAUGUAAAUGAUGGGAAUUGUUCAAGUUCUUGUAUGCUCUUUUUUGGGGACGGGAAAUGAUGCAUUAUAUGACAUAUUGGCUCGAGAUUUUGCUUUAUGAGAAGCCAUAGUGAAACACAGUGAUAUUCGAAAGCAUGCCUGUGGAUGCAACCUUUUCUAAUUGCUGCUGCUGCUGCUUUUGAAUUUGGAGGAUUUUUGUGUUGCAUGUGAAUUGUGAUGAUUAGAAACAAAAAAUAUUAUACUUGUAUGACAUAGAGCGUACGGACCUUGUUCUGCCCGGGAAAAAAAGGCAGGACAGACAUCAAAACAUGCUGACGGUUUAGACACCACAAUGUAUUCAUUUUGAAUUUCAGCACUUUUUUGGAUGAAAGGCUGUUGGUGCAAUUAAGUUCUAUUCUUUUUCUGUAUUGUAUUCUUCUCUGUAAAUCAGAAUAUAAGGCGAAGUUUUCAAUGCCUAAGUGGGAUAUUUCCAAAUGAAAAAACUUCUAUAAACAAAUUGUGAGUUCCUGUUGAUAAAAUGAGAUUUGCAGAAUUGCGUUGCUUGUCUACUGAUAAGUGGAAGAUCCCGUGAACCUGGCUGUAUCCACCAGUUGUUAUGGAAGUUCUUGACACAAAGGACUCUGAAGGGUUGACAGGUGUUGAAUAAGUGAAGAUAUGCAGCUCAGGUUGUUCAUAAACACAGGAUUUGCUUGAUAUUUUCUAUUGAGUUUUAUGUGAUAUCAAAUCCUGCACUCUUCUGACA